AUGGAUCCCAGCCAAGCCGGUGGGGGAGGGUCCAACAACUCCAGCGACUUUGUGCGCAAGCUGUACAAGAUGUUGGAGAACGGGAGCGACGAGAGUGUAGUACGAUGGGGAAACGACGGCGACAGUUUUGUCGUCCUGGAAAACGAGAAAUUCACAAAGCACAUCCUCCCUAAACACUUCAAACACAGCAAUUUCGCCAGUUUUGUCCGCCAGCUGAACAAGUACGAUUUCCACAAAGUCCGUCACAACAACGAAGAAAAUGGACAGUCGCCUUAUGGACCUGGAGCCUGGGAAUUCAAGCAUCCCGACUUCAAGAUGAACAACAAAGACGCGCUCGACAAUAUUCGUCGAAAGGCCCCCGCGCCGCGAAAACCCAACCAAGCCGCGGCGGAAGAGUUUGCGCCCUCGCAACAGAUGGACAUGGUUAGCGGACAGUUGAUGGCGACGCAGGCUCAACUGCAUGCGCUCGAGAGUCGCUAUAGUGAACUAAGCAUCCACCAUUCAAUGCUUUUACAGGAGGUUAUCGGGCUACAAAAGACGGUUGUCAACCACGAGCAUGUCAUGCAGCAGAUCAUGACCUUCCUACACGGCGUUGAUGCGACGCAAAGGAGGAACAGCAAGCUCGUUUUCCCCAACGGCACCGACUCGCAGAACGGCAGCAUGGAGCCCACCGCGUCCAACGACGACGACAACCCCGCUUCUCCGUUGCAGCACGCCUCUAAACUUCUAAGCGAAACGAACGCAGAUGCUAUGCUGAACCCCCGAAACCUGGAGCAGAUGAACGAGAUUACCAUGCGGAUGAACGGCACCUUGACAACUCCGCCUCCAGAUCUCGCGCGAGCAACACUGCGACCGACGAGCCGCGGACCGCCUUCAGCAACUUCUACCAACUCCAUGCGUCUGGAAAAUCUCGAUAACCUCGUUUACCCUGUCGGUUCCAACCAAGGUAUCGACCCCAUGUACAGCGAGCACAUCAACAACAUUCCCUAUGCUGCUCCGCCCAAAGCAGUAGAAUCCAGCGAACCAAGAAUGCCAGAGCCAAAGAGGAAAAAUGCUAUUCCAGAUCCAGGAUGGAUUCGACCACCUCAGAUUCUGCUCGUUGAGGACGACCCCACGUGCCGUCGAAUUGGAAGCAAGUUCUUGUACGCUUUCCACUGCUCCAUCGAUAGUGCUCUCGAUGGUUUGGAAGCUGUUAACAAGAUGAAUGCUGGCUCAAAGUACGAUUUGGUCUUGAUGGAUAUUAUUAUGCCAAACCUGGACGGUGUAUCAGCGUGCCACUUGAUUCGACAGUUUGACACAACACCGAUUGUUGCUAUGACUUCUAACAUCCGAAGCGACGACAUCUCCAUGUACUUCCAGCAUGGUAUGAACGACGUUCUCCCCAAGCCGUUCACUAAGGAGGGCCUUCUACACAUGCUAGAGAAGCACCUUGUCCAUUUAAAGAAACCAGUCGCUCAGGCUGACGGGACCAUGGUGGCGCCCCAGCCUGUGCAAAUAGCACGUCAACUGGUGCUCAAGGAGGAAGAUUCUCCAGCCAAGUCUCCACAGACGGUCAGCAACUGGAACUCUCCCAACCAAAUGCCGGGCGUCUCUCCUGUAGGCAGCACAGUCCCGGACGAUUUUGCGCAAGCAAUGCGAGGUCAACCAGUCCAACACCCAGGUCCAUAUGGAGUGAACCCCAUGCACGGCAACAUGGGAUACAGUACCUCACCACACAUACAAAUGCAACAGCAGCAACAAUCACAACUAGCGCCGGGUCAUCGCCGCCAAGUCUCGGAGAUAUCUGGAGGCGAUGAUAUGAACAAUCCAGCGAAGCGUCAACAAAUGUACCCUCCCCAAAUGCCACAGCAGAUGGGGUCCAUGCAACCACGCCCGCGUUGA